GAAACUUUAUUUUUAAGAGUGUAAUAAUUCUUUAAAAUAAGGUCUUAUAAAAAUCAGAUUGUAAACCCAAACAACCCAACUGACCCCCGUGUCCUCAUGUAAUGUGAAAGUUCUCAUGCUUUUACAUUUUCUGGGUGUGAAAAAAAUCUUUUAAGUUAACAUUUGACACGUACCAGAACCUGAAGGUGGACAUUUUUAUAAUUAUACUAAAAGGCCUUUUACUUACUAUGGUAUACUAUAUUAAGUAAGCUAUCAGACAGAAGGCAUGUAGAAGACUGUGUACAACAGGUUUUUCAGCAAAGUUUUGUCUUAAUAAUUUAGAGGCUUUCGAAAUAUGUGUAUCAAAUACGAUAUGUAGGCUUUACAAGGUUAAAGUCUCAAAACAGUUCAGGUGAAGAAACCUCUUUCAAAAUAACUCGGUAGACAAAAACUCCAUAAAACAGUUUUAAAAGUUGAAUGUGAAAAUUACAUCGGGCCUAGGACCAUUCUACAGUGUGUGUUUUCACAGGCUUAUUUUCAUCCACAUAAAAUUCAAUUAAAUAUAAAACAAUUCAACCCCGAUUAAGAUCUAUUGUAUUAGAUUAAGUUAUUGAGUCCAAGAAUAGUUUUGUUUUUGUUUAUUGUGAAGUUUGUUCAUAAUAUGUUAUUAAUAAUGGUUGUUAAGCUACCAUAACUAAUGAGUGGCCUUCUGCCAUAAAUAGUGGAUCUUGAUUUGUCUCUCAUUCUAACUGCAUUGAACUUUAACAAGGUUUCUCUUCACUGAGGGUACAAGUACAACAAGUACAAAAAUGAGACCGUGUCACCGAGGGUAAAACCAGUCACUUCUUUGAAUUGGGAACAUUAGUCAGAAAGGUAUCGUAUGUCUGAACUCCCAGAGACUGUACAGCAUGUGCUAAUGAGUUUUAAAGCACAUGAAACAGUGAUCCCAGCUAAGCUGGUUUGCCAACCACCAUUAAACACAUAGACAUGGUGGAAGACAAGUGGUUUCCAAAAAGGGAAAAAGAAUUCCAAACAGGUUUGGAGAAAGUUUAAAAGGGAGGGUACAAGACAGAUAGUUAAGGUUAGGGGUAGGGUUUGCCUAUGUCUUUUCUUUGUAGAUCCUAUCCCUUAGAGAUCUCCAUCCUGCAGCUACACCCUCCGUUUAAAGGAAUCAGAACAAGAAUAAGAACACAGCAAAGAUGUCCAAUUCCAGAAGAGUGGUCGAGUUGUUCUAUGAUGUCAUCUCUCCUUAUUCCUGGCUGGCAUUUGAGGUGCUGUGUUGCUAUAGAAAUGUUUGGAACAUCGACCUCAAAUUCAAACCGGCAUUUUUAGGAGGAGUCAUUUACGGCUCAGAUAGCCAGCCUGCUGUAGUGAACCCUAGUAAGCUUAUGUACAUGGUCUCAGAUCUGAAGCUGGCAUCUGAGUAUUUUGGAGUCCCAAUGUUUCAACCUUCAAAGCUUUCUGAGAAAGACUCUUUGAAUGCGAUGCGUUUUGUGACAGCUGUAGCAGAGAAGGGAAAAGAGGGAGACACACUGGAAAGGGUGUCUAGAGAGCUCUGGACGAGAAAGUGGCGCACUCAUCAGGACAUUACCCAGCCUGCCUCACUUACUGAUGCAGGAUUAAAGGCAGGUCUCUCAGCCAAUGAGGUGGAGGAAAUUCUGACUCUCUCCAUAUCUCAGCCAAUCAAAGACAAGCUGAAGAGUGUCACAGAAGAGGCACUAGAGUAUAAAGAGAGAAGUGGGUGGGGCCUUACCCUGACAAGCCUACAGCCCAGAUGUGAUCACUACUCCUCCAUACUAUGUCUAUCUGAACAACUUCUAAAUACAAUUUUAAAGUACUGUAAAUUCACGUUUUUUAUUCAACAGCAAACACACACACACACACACAAAAUAAAAAAAAGCUGAAAAAUAAGCCAGGAAUACAGAAAUAGUAAAGUUGAGGUCUAAAUAAUACAUAUGUACAAACAUAAAGCAUAUACCCUCCAAAAAAUAAAGGUUCUUUAUUGUCAUGAAGAACCUUUAACAUCAAUGGA